AAAUCUGGCGACUUUCCAAAUCCUCUUGGAGACUCUUCUGGUGUUUUGGAGACUUUUCUGGUGUUUUGGAGACUUGUCUGGUGUUUUGGAGACUUUUCUGGUGUUUUGGAGACUUUUUUGGAGACUCUUCUGGUGUCUUGGAGACUUUUCUGGUGUUUUGGAGACUUUUCUGGUGUUUUGGAGACUUUUGGAGACUCUUCUGGUGUUUUGGAGACUUUUCUGGUGUUUUGGAGACUGUUCUGGAGUCUUGGGGACUCUGGCGUGAAAGCACGCAUCGUUCUGCAGCCCAAAGCACUCACAGGCGUUCAGUCUCACAGUAGACUGCAGUUCCUCAUUUUCAAAUGAAUCGCACAUGUGCAAAGCCGCCGCUACUAUGAGUCACCAUAGGACGUAAUAUGAUUAUAUGAUGAUGAAUAAUGUAACCUGAGUCUUUACGCGUAGGACCUUCUAGAAGCAGAUUAAAAAAUGGCCCAAACAACAAUCAAAGGAGCUUUGAGGCGCGCGCUGGGGGAUCUGACUAAAGAUGACUUUCUUCUGUUUGGUCACGAGCUGAGAGACCGCAGAGAGGAGCCUCGGGUCCUCCGCAGUGAUGUGGAGGGUAAAGGGGUUCUGGAGAUCACAGACCUGCUGGUUUCAAAGUUCACCGAACCCAAAGCGCGCCAAGUGGCUGUGGAGAUACUGAGGCAGAUCAACUGCAACGAGGAAGCGGAGAAACUGAAUCUGAGAGUUGUGGUGGACUCCCUCCCUGACAAUAUAAACAAGCUAACAGAUUCAAAAACCAAAGCCUGCAUCGACAAAGGUGAUCCUGUCUUCCGUAAGACCCCGACCGGGGAGUUGGAGAUGAAACCCUCCCAGGAGGCUCUGAACCAUGUGGCCAGCCAUGGUCCUUUACAAGCUGCUGGACACGGAGGUCCUCCUAAGUCGGUGAAGGAGCCAGAGGAGGUGGAGGCUGAGGCGAAGGCCUGCGUUCUCUCAGAGGGCGGGGACGCUCGAAAUGAAAGGCUGGUUCUGAGCAGGUGUACGAUUCAGUUUGGCCAGUACAAAGGUCAAAGCUUCAAAUGGCUGUUGGAGAAUGAUGUCGGCUACAUUGCCUACCUGUUUGCUCACCAACAGUACAAAAGGUGUCCACGCUCGCUGAAGGUCAACAAGGAUUGCUUGACCCGAUACGCAUGUGCUUACCCAGAGGUUUUGGAAGAAGUCAGAUUUCCUUGUGGGUACAAUAGAUCCCUCCAGUCAGGCCAAGAAGGAAAUGCCCUCAUUGGAUUUGGUCGUUACAAAUCGGACAAACUGCAGGAUCUGUACGAGUCGAAGGACAAGGAGAAGAUCAGCUAUGUCAACUACCUCCGGACCAAGAAGUCAACCUGCAUCCCAGGGUCCAAAAUGGACGUCGCUGUCGGAUACAUUUUGCAGUGUGACCAAAAUCCGUCUGCAGCGGCUAACAACAGACCGACCACCAGCUUUCCCCCCCGAGCAGUCAGAAAGACACAAACCAGAAAGAAAAGGGUCCAGAGCACCAGACGCCAGCCAUCCAGUGCCUCAAGGACUAAACGGAGGAAGCUGUAAAGGAGCUGGAGGAGGACGACGACAUCCCCCCCGCUGCUCCGUUAGUGACCCUCGCUCUCUUUGGAAAUAAUAAAGUAGUCAUAAACUGUUUGUACAAGUUCUAAAGCAUAAAUAUCUCUCGUAUGGGUCUCGUAUGCUGUACAGAG